AUGUCAGACACCGUGCCACCUCCCACAGGGCCUUCAACAACGGACACAGCUCCACAAAAAGAAUCAGAUCCAUCCCCAAAUCAUCACAAUCCAGCUGCUACAGCAUCAGCGUCUUCUGCCCCUAGCCAAGAUGCCCCACCUACACCGAAUCCGCUCCUCAACCCCUCUCCCUCAACCCACUCACCACAGAUGCAACCUCCAGACCCGCAGCCACCGCAACAACAACACUUAUCGCAGCAUAUGGAUCCCGUACACCAGCUUCAGCAUUACCAGCCUCCAUCAGCGAAUUCGCAGGCGAUGAUAAACCAAAACCCACUAAGUCUGCCUCCAAUUCAAUCAAUUGAAACCCAUCACCAAAAUCACCAGAUUCCGCAGGCCCAUUCGCAAGCGUCCAUCUCCUCUGCGAUAAAUGCUCCAAUGAACAUGCCCCCACCGAAUAUCCCCCAAUACUAUGCUCUCGCUGGAGCCAUUCCCGGUCCCGAUCCGUAUCCAAUAACGGGUGAACCAAACCGAGGGUUGUCUAGUGGUCGACACAAAAAGGAAGUUAAGCGACGGACGAAAACGGGUUGUCUUACCUGCAGGAAACGAAGAAUAAAGUGUGAUGAAAGACAUCCCGUUUGUAGGAAUUGUGAAAAAAGCAAGCGCGAUUGUCUUGGGUACGAUCCGGUGUUCAGACCGCAGCCAGGCCCGACAACUCUGCAGCCUGCGCCGUCGCAACCAUCGUUACUCGGAUCUCCUCAAGGCAGCCCCUCGUAUACCAGUGUUCAUAACUCCCCAACCGGAAGCCAGUCUUUUGCGCAUCCAUCCUUACCAACAACAAGAGCAUCAUCUUCAUUUUCAGCUCAUCAGUUCGAUUACGGAACAAACGCAAUUGAUCCAGCCUUAGAAGGAGCCGUGUCACCAAAGGCCGUAAAACCUGUAAAGGUUGUGGAUCUCCUUUCCGUUCGCGGACAUCUCUCCCCAACUCCAGAAAUCACAACAAUCCCCGCAUCACGAAUCGAGGAAAUCAAACUAGUCUACAUCUCAUAUGCGGUUGCUAUUGACAAGUUUCUCGAAUGCACCUGGUUCGAAACGAAAGGGAUGGUCCAUCUCCUGGCCAACUCCCGCCUCUUAUCAUAUUACUCCGCCCUUUUAGAUGGUUUCAACGACCGCAAUAUCCAUGACCCUGCCGUUCUGGCACGGGUCGAGAGUCUCGAGGCCUCCGUCAUUUGGGAAACGUUAACAUUAACCCGCGUCGCUCGUACCAAAGAACCAGACACGAACGGAAAUGGGACCACAGCCAAUACCACCGAUGUCGAACUCUUAUACGCCGUGAAACGACUAGCCGUUUUCGAAGCCCUGAUAACCGGCACAUACCUGGACACGAACCCGGUGAGUCUAGACAGCUACCCGGAAUGCGAUCCGGCACACAGACUCCCCGGCAUCGGUAACCAGAUAAAAUCCCGCGAGAUCGAUUUUUGGGAAUCCGUUGGCCGUUACCUUACUAUCUCCGAGGACGAAGCAAAUGCACAAAAACGAAAAGAGGAAGCUUUGGCAAUGGCUCGUGGGCUGCUGGAUACUUUUGAGAAUCGCGAUGUUAUCUAUUCUAUCGUCAUUGUGCGACAUAUUGCUAAAUUCCAGCCGCGGAAACUAAAGCAGACAACUGCCAGCACAGAUGAGAAGGAUGCCGCCGCGAAGUUGUAUGUUGCUGUUAGGUUCUUGGAGGACGAAAGCCAUGGUAAAGGGACGAACCAGGUUAUCAAGCGGUUAAGCGGGAUGGUUGUCAAGUAUUGGGAGGAUCCACCAGGGGCCUCAUAG